AAAAAGAUUGCGAAUUAAGGCCACAAGUUAAAACACUGGCGACUAACCUUCAAGUCCUCACAUGUAAAAGCUUCCAACGCUUCUCUACCUUCAAGUCAUUGGUCAGAGCAACAGCUUUCCUCAUUCACAUCGCAAAAUCAUUCAAUGGCAGUAAUCCAAACAGAGAAUGCAAAGGAUGGCACAAAUGUCACUUACCUCAAACACUGGACGAAAUGACUCGCGCUAAACACAUCAUUCUCAAGGAGACACAACGAGCAACGUUUGGAAAAGAACUGUUGGCUCUUCAAGCCGGAAAACCAAUUCCCACACAAAGCCCUCUACAAAAACUCAGCCCAAUCCUGGAUAAUGGCCUUAUAGUUGUCGGAGGCCGAAUCAAGCACUCUGAUUUUGAGAACUUUGAAAAGAACCCAAUAAUCAUUCCCAAAGACUCUCACAUUUCUCUCCUGCUCACUCGUCACCACCAUGAGCAAGUAAAACACCAGGGUCGCCACCUGACAGAAGGCGCAAUAAGGGCUGCUGGGCUUUGGCUUAUAGGUGGCAAAAGACUUGUCAACUCUGUGAUCCACAAAUGCAUUAUUUGCCGCAAACUACGUGGAAAACAGGAAGAACAACGCAUGGCAGAUCUGCCAUCUGAACGCCUUAAAAUGUGUCCUCCAUUUACUUAUGUGGGCCUUGAUGUUUUCGGGCCAUGGACAAUAACUACCAGGCGUACUAGAGGUGGACAAGCCCAAAACAAGCGCUGGGCCAUCAUGUUUAGCUGCAUGAGUUCGAGGGCUGUACAUAUUGAGGUGAUCGAAUCCCUGGACACAUCCAGCUGUGUAAACGCCCUGAGACGCUUCUUUGCUCUGAGGGGUCCCGCCAAAAGUCUUUUAUCCGAUCGAGGUACAAACUUCAUUGGGGCAUCCAAGGAGCUAGGAAUGGACAGUACAGUACAACAGUAUCUAAGUGACCAAGGGUGCAUCUGGGAAUUCAAUCCACCUCAUGCCUCCCACAUGGGAGGCGCCUGGGAGCGCAUGAUUGGUGUGGCUCGAAGAAUUCUGGACUCCAUGCUGCUUCAGAACAAGGUAGAACUAACUCACGAAGUGUUGUGCACUCUCAUGGCGGAAGUUACAGCCAUCAUCAAUGCAAGGCCACUUCUCCCAGUUUCUUCGGAUCCAGACAAUCCAUUCAUUCUGUCUCCGUCAAUGCUCCUCACACAGAGAUCGUGCCUUCUACCACCUCCUGGAGAAUUCUUGGAGAAGGACUUGUACACUAAGCAAUGGAGGCAAGUUCAGGCUCUUGCCAACCAGUUUUGGACGCGUUGGAGGAGAGAGUACCUGCCCUUACUACAAAGGAGACAAAAAUGGACUCAAUCUAGAAGAAAUCUGCAAGUCGGUGACCUUGUUUUGCUCAAAGACAAGCAGGUCACACGCAACAGCUGGCCUAUGGCCCGGGUCACUGCAACAUUCCAUGGAAAGGACAAUCGUGUAAGAAGGGUCGAAGUUAAGGUCAGUGACCAAGGCAACAUUAAGACGUUUAUGCGACCAGUGACGGAAAUCAUCCUCCUCCUCCCCAAGGACUGAUUCUUUCAAGGUUUAGUUAAGCUUAUAGUGCCCCCUACGGGCCAGGCGGGGAGUGUGUUGCCUUUAAGGCUGUAAUUUCAUCAAUAAAUAAUUUCAUAUGGUUACAAUGCUGUAAAAAUGUUCCAAUAAGUUAAGUAAUCAUUUCGAUCUU